CCUGGAUAUCCGAAUUAUGUGAUCAAGAAGGGUAUGCCAGUUCUCAUACCUUCUGCAGCUAUGCACCGUGAUGAGAAGUUGUAUCCGGAACCGAAUCGCUUCAACCCAGAUAAUUUUGAGCCAGAAAAAGUGAAGAACCGUGACUCUGUAGAGUGGCUUCCAUUCGGAGAUGGACCACGAAAUUGCAUUGGAAAGCGAUUCGGAGAAAUGCAGGCACGCAUUGGCCUCGCUAUGCUAAUUAAGAACUUUAAGUUUUCAGUGUGCGAGAAGACAACGAUUCCCAUUAAAUAUGACAAAACAACCUUCGUGGUAGCCAGCGACGGCGGCAUUUACCUGAAAGUAGAGCGAGUCUAGAAAGUGUUGGCAUAAAUAUAAUACUUAUAAUAGUAAAGAUUGCUUAAAAGACUUUUGCAGAAAU